UGUCAAAUGUCAACAGUAAAAUGGCAAUUAUCAAUGGCUUAUUACACCAAAAAAAUGUUUUGACAUUGUGACAACACAGAAAUUUAACAAUACAAAACAAAACAGAAUCGUAAACCAACCGGUAUCUGAAAUUAAAUAGCUAAUUGUACGGGAGUAAAUAAUGGGGAAAUUAACAUCCGAAUACAUUUUUAAAUAAUGGAGAGGUCCGUUUAUUUGUCUUUUUAUGCGAACCAAUUGACUGUUUUCAUUCACUUGUGUACUUUUGUUAUAGAAUAGUGCACUUGGAUUUAAAAGGUGCUCCACCCAAGGUGCCUUAUUUAGAAAAGGUAAUUUGUGCUAAUACAAGCAAAGUCAUGGGGAGCGACAGGUAUACUUCUGGAAUGGGAAGACACCUUCCCGUACACAGCAGCCCUGGUAGACAUUGGGAGUCAGGGAGGGUGUGGUGGAGAUGGCAUGUACACUGUUGAGGAAGUCAAGUACAUUUUGUGGCUGGCCAAGGUUAACGGACUUGAACCGAUUCAGUUAGUUCAAACCAUAGGGCACAUGGAAUAUGUCCUCAAACAUCCUGCCUACCGUGGUUUACGCGAAGCACCCAUCUCACCAGCCGUUUUGUGUCCUUCCAAGCCUGAGUCUCAAGUAUUGGUGCGAGCAAUGCUAGAGCAGGCCCUGGAGUUGCAGCCUGACGCUAAAUACUUUCAUAUUGGUGCCGAUGAGGUGUGGCAUACAGCAGUAUGUGAUGAAUGUAAGUUUAUAGCGGCUACCCACCAGUACAAGGCCCCUUCACUCUACCUAGACCACGUGCGCGGCAUCGCCUCGUUUGUGAAACAGAAGCGUCCCGGCAUCACCAUACUCAUGUGGGAUGACAUGCUGAGAUCAAUCAGUCUGGAUACUUUGAAAGUGUACAAUCUGGGCGAGUUAGUACAGCCAGUGCUGUGGCAUUACAACCCGAUGGAGUGUUUUCAGAUCGAUCAAAGCCUGUGGGAUCAUUAUCGGCAGCUCUUCCCUUGUGUGUGGGCAGCUUCGGCGUUUAAAGGAGCCAAUGGGAGUUGUCAGAUAUUAUCGCCCGUAUGUCACUACGUAAGCAACAACGAAGCUUGGGUGCAAGAGAUCAAGAGGUAUAAAAACGAUGUCCGCUUUGCUGGUAUCAUUCUCACUGGCUGGUCAAGAUAUGAUCACUAUGCCACUCUGUGUGAGUUGCUUCCAGUAUCAUUGCCAAGCCUCGCAAGCUGUUUAAGUGUAGUAGCCAAAUGUGAAGAUGAAACCAAAGAGACGUUUGUGAGUGACGUUUUACCGUCACAUCAGUGGCCGGGCGAGGAGUUGGCCAGACUUAUACAUUCCUUCGUUAUAAUUAGAGAAAGAAGUCUCUCCUUCAUACACGGUGAUCUAGUGACAACAUGGUUAAAUCCGUGGCAGAUAGAGCACAAUUAUACAAAUCCGGCGCAAGUGGAAGCCAUCGCUGGAACUGCACAAAUGCUGCUGUCGGAGGUGUCGUCGCUGGAGGCGGGGCUGUCGGCGCGGCUGUCGGCGCUGACGGGCGCGCGCUCGGCGGCGGAGUGGGUGUGCGCGCACGCGGCGCCGGUGCGCGCGCGCCUCGCCGCGCUGCACGCCGAGGCCGCCGCGCGCGCCGCCCGCGAGCCCGCGCUGCGACCGCGCCCGCAUUAAACUAUACACCCCGCUGUUGUUUUAUUUAUACCCUAGUGAAUUAUAGACGUAUAACCUUA